AGCGUGUUCAUUGGGCGUCCGCCGCAGAGCCGGCCUCGGCUCUCUGUAGUUAAGGGCCGUGGCCGCGGAGCUGUCGUUCUCGCGGGAGUGCCUCGCGAGGGUGCAGGUGUCUUGGAAGCCGAGGUAGCGGGGGCCGCCGGCUGGACAUGGACGCUCUCGGAGACUACGUGUGGCCGCGGGCGACCUCCGAGCUCAUACUCCUCCCGGUUACGGGGCUGGAGUGCGUGGGGGACCGGUUGCUAGCGGGUGAGGGGCCUGAUGUCCUGGUGUACAGCUUGGACUUCGGUGGGCAUCUUCGGAUGAUGAAGAGAGUGCAGAACCUGCUUGGCCACUAUCUUAUCCAUGGGUUCCGUGUUCGGCCAGAGCCCAAUGGAGACCUGGACUCAGAGGCCAUGAUAGCUGUGUUUGGAAGCAAGGGACUCCGCAUCGUGAAGAUUAGCUGGGGUCAGAACCGCUUCCGGGAGCUCUGGCGCUCUGGCCUGUGGAGCAUGUCCGACUGGAUCUGGGACGUGCGCUGGCUUGAAGGCAAUGUGGCCCUGGCCCUGGGUCACAACUCAGUGCUGCUCUAUGACCCCGUGGUAGGGUGCAUGCUGCAGGAUGUGCCCUGUACCGACAGGUGCACCCUGUCCUCGGCCUGCCUGAUCGGAGACACCUGGAAGGAGCUAACCAUUGUGGCAGGCGCCAUUUCCAACCAGCUCCUAGUCUGGUACCCAGCAGCUGCCCUGACAGACGACAAGCCUGUGGCACCCGACCGACGGGUCAGCGGGCAUGUGGGCGUCAUCUUCAGCAUGUCCUACCUGGAAAGCAAGGGCUUGCUGGCAACGGCUUCAGAAGACCGAAGUGUUCGCAUCUGGAAAGUUGGUGAUCUGCGGGUACCUGGGGGUCGGGUGCAGAAUAUUGGGCACUGCUUCGGGCACAGCGCCCGUGUGUGGCAGGUGAAGCUGCUAGAGAAUUACCUUAUCAGUGCAGGGGAGGACUGUGUCUGCUUGGUGUGGAGUCACGAAGGUGAGAUCCUCCACGCCUUUCGGGGCCACCAGGGCCGCGGGAUCCGGGCCUUGGCUGCUCAUGAGAGGCAGGCCUGGGUUAUCACCGGGGGUGAUGACUCAGGCAUUCGGCUGUGGCACCUGGCAGGGCGUGGCUGCCCGGGACUAGGGGUCUCAGCUCUGUGCUUUAAGUCCCCUGCCAGGCCAGGCACCCUCAAAGCCGUGACACUGGCUGGCUCCUGGCGACUGCUGGCAGUGACUGACACAGGCGUCCUGUACCUCUAUGACCUUGAGGUCAAGUGUUGGGAGCAGCUGCUGGAGGAUAAGCAUUUCCAGUCUUACUGCCUGCUGGAGGCAGCUCCUGGUCCCGAAGGCUUUGGACUGUGCGCCAUGGCUAAUGGGGAGGGUUGUGUCAAGGUUGUCCCCAUCAACACUCCCUCUGCUGCCGUGGACCAUGCCCUGUUCCCGGGGAAGGUCCAGAGCCUGAGCUGGGCCCUGCGUGGCUACGAGGAGCUCCUGUUGCUGGCCUCUGGCCCUGGUGGCGUGAUGGCUUGCCUGGAGGUCUCAGCUGCACCCUCUGGCAAGGCCAUCUUUGUCACAGAACGUUGCCGGUACCUGCUGCCCCCUAGCAAGCAGAGAUGGCACACAUGCAGUGCCUUUGUGCCCCCAGGUGACUUCCUGGUGUGUGGAGACCGCCGAGGCUCUGUGCUGCUAUUCCCUUCCAGGCCAGGAGUGCUCCAGGACCCUGGGCUGGGAGGCAAGGCUGAGGCUGCAUUGCCGGCUCUGGAAGCGGGUGCUGGUACUGGUGGGGGCAGCAGUGCUGUGGUUGAGUGGAGCCCUGUGUCUGCCCUCCAUUCUCUGCAUGGGAAACAGGGCGUGACCUCAGUCACCUGCCAUGCUGGGUACGUGUACACCACAGGGCGGGACGGCGCCUACUACCAGCUCUUGGUGCGAGGCGGCCAGCUCCACCCAGUCCUGCGGCAGAAGGCCUGUCGGGGCAUGAACUGGGUGGCUGGGCUUCACAUGGUGCCUGAUGGGAGCAUGGUGAUCCUGGGCUUCCAUGCCAAUGAGUUCGUGGUGUGGAGCCCCCGGUCACAUGAGAAGCUGCACGUUGUCAGCUGUGGCGGAGGGCACCGUUCCUGGGCCUUCUCCGAUACCGAAGCAGCCAUGGCCUUUGCCUACCUCAAGGAUGGGGAUGUCAUGCUGUACCAGGCUCUGGGUGGCUGUACCCGGCCACACGUGAUCCUCCGCGAGGGUCUGCAUGGCCGGGAGAUCACCUGCGUAAAACGCGUGGGUGCCGUGGCCAUGGCGCCUGAGUUUGAAGUGCCCUGCUUGGAGCAGCCUGACUACCUGGAGCCUGGAAGUGAGGGGCCCGGCCUGACCGACAUCCUGAUCACCUGCAGCGAGGACACUACUGUGUGCGUGCUGGCGCUCCCCACCACCACGGGCUCGGCCCAUGCCCUCACAGCUGUCUGCAACCAUCUCUCUUCCGUGCGGGCUGUGGCUGUGUGGGGACUCAGCGCCCCGGGCGGCCCUCGUGAGCCCCAGCCAGGUCUCACUGCCAACAUAGUGUCCGCAGGGGGCCGAGCAGAGAUGCACUGCUUCAGCAUCAUGGUCAGUCCCGACCCCGGCACCCCAAGCGGCCUUGCCUGCCACGUCAUGCACCUCUCAUCCCACCGCCUCGAUGAGUGCUGGGACCGGCAGCGCAAUCGGCAUCGGGUGGUCAAGGUGGACCCUGAGACCAGGUACAUGUCCCUGGCUGUCUGUGAGCUGGACGGGCCCGGCCUUGGCCCCCUUGUGGCCGCAGCCUGUAGUGACGGGGCAGUGAGGCUCUUUGUCUUGCAGGACUCUGGGCGAAUUCUGAAGCUCUUUGCUGAAACUUUCCACCAUAAGCGCUGUGUCCUCAAGGUCCACUCGUUUACCCACGAGGCACCCAGCCAGCGGCGGCGGCUGUUCUUGUGCAGUGCAGCUACUGACGGCAGCCUGGCCUUCUGGGACCUUACCACUGUGCUGGACCACGGCUCUGCUCUCCUGGAGCCCCCGGCAGAGCCUGGCCUUCCCUCCCGGCUGGGCACUCCCUGCAUGACACUCCAGGCCCACAGCUGUGGCGUCAACAGUCUGCACACCCUGCCCACACGUGAGGGCCACCACCUUGUGGCCAGUGGCAGCGAGGACGGCUCCCUCCAUGUCUUUGUGCUAGCUGUGGAGACCCCAGAGCUGGAAGAAGCUGUGGGUGAGCCUGCGCUGGUGCCCCAGUUGCGUGUGCUAGAAGAAUACUCUGUCCCCUGCGCACACGCUGCCCACGUGACAGGCCUCAAGAUCCUGAGCCCCAGCCUCAUGGUCUCGGCCUCCAUUGACCAGCGGCUGACGUUCUGGCGCCUGGGGCACGGCGAGCCCGCCUUCCUGAACAGCACGGUGUACCACGUGCCCGACGUGGCCGACAUGGACUGCUGGGCUGUGAGCCCCGAGUUUGGCCACCGCUGUGCUCUUGCAGGCCAAGGGCUCGAGGUUUACAACUGGUAUGACUGAGGCGUCCCACGGCGGCCGGAGUGCUGGGUACGGGGCCUGCGCGCGGGCAGUGGAAGGGGCCGACUGUCUGCGCCUGUACCCAGCGUGUCUCUCGGGGAGGCGGCGGUGGCCGUGGGUCCCUGACCCCGGAGCAGGACUCGAGUUGAUUUCGUAAACGUUCCUAGUUAUUGGGCUCUCUGUGGCCUCAGACGUGGCUCAGUGGAGGGAGGCCCAGCAUAGCCAGGCCCGCGUGGAG